AUGCCGCCCUCAAAACUAUUCUCCUUCUUGUCGAGCUUACUGCGCACGAGACCGACGACCGCCAGCGUACCCAGCAUAUCGCCAGCGGUCCACUCAAGAUGGGUAUCGAGUAAACGCACCUUCACAAUACCGGAGCCGAUCCCGCUCGUGCCCGACGUCCCGACGUUUCUCAGGCUGAUCGGGCGCGAUCUGGUCAAGCACGCGUCCAAGUUCCCAUCGUGGGAGGCCCUCUUCUCCCUGACGCCGUCCCAACUGCGCGAGCUGGGCAUCGAGCCGGCCCGGUCGCGGCGGUAUCUGGUCUCGUGGCGGAACAAGUACACGCAGGGACACUUUGGCAUCGGAGGCGACCUGAAGCACGUCGUCGACGGCGCGGCGGAGCUCAAGGUGCUCAACAUCCCCAAGGGCCCACUCAAGACACACCGGGUCGUCGUCAACGUGCCGCCCGGUUCAAAGCCCGAGGAUCUGCCGGAGGAGGACAGGCCCCGCGUCCAGGGCUACAAGGUCAUUGGAACUAGGACCAUUGCCGGCCCGUACGCCGUGCCAAUGAAGGACCACAAGGGGUCCAUCUUCAAGGCCGUCGACGGCCUGUGGGAGCACAAGAGGGGCAGGAAGAUUGACGGUGGUGAGAGGAGGAGGGCCGAGGUGCGGUUCAAGAGGAGGGUGGAGGAACGCAAGGCCAUGAGGGAGGCCCAGGGCUUCAACUACUGA